GUUUUUAAUCACCACAGUAAGCGCAAUAUAAUCGCCCUCUUUUGAACAUCUUCCGCUCCGUCAGAAUGGUGGCGCCAAAGUUUAUUGUAACAGAGCGCACAUCUCCAUGCUCAUUCGUUCGCCAAUUCCCACAUGGUGCGAAACACGAGAAGGCUACACUUCAACUCGCAGUAAAGGAAUAUCGACCGCAGAAGAGAGGGGGUUCUAAUGGCAACGCCGUAACAAUUAUUGCCACUCAUGGCAAUGGCUUCCCCAAAGAAUGCUUUGAGCCUCUUUGGGAUGACCUACUUGGUGCAGUGAGUGGGUUCGAGAUCGAUUCGAUAUGGGUGGCCGACGUGGCAAAUCAGGGUGCAAGCUAUGCACUCAAUGCAGAGGAGCUUGGUGACGACCCAAACUGGAUUGAUCAUUCACUUGAUCUACUUCUCAUGAUCAACAAGUUUCGAGACCGAAUGAAGGCACCCCUCAUAGGUGUUGGACAUAGUAUGGGAUGUGGACAACUUGCAUAUCUUGCGUCCGUUCAUCCUCGCUUGUUCCACUCACUCGUCCUCAUCGAGCCAGUCAUGCAGCCAUCCCACCCUCCUGGGCCGAAUUCUGCGCUAUUCUCUUCCAUGCGACGAGAGAGAUGGGAGUCUCGCGCGAAGGCAGAAUCGCAGAUCAGCAGGAACGGAUUCUUCCAGUCCAUGGAUUCGCGGGCAUUGAAGUUGUUCUUAGAAUAUGCCUUGAGGGACACCCCAGACGGCGGUGUCACCCUAUCCACCCCCAAAGCUCAGGAAGCAUGGUCCUAUGUACGGUCAAACUUCCAUCCUAUGUCUGAGGAUACAGCAGAAGGACGAUUGAGAGAGCGGUUGUUGAAUCCUGAUCCUGAACGAGGUUCUAGUGCAAGCAAGUUGAUGACAAUGAGACCUGAGAUGCUACCCAUAUGCGAGGCUCUGCCACAUAUCCGCCCAAGAACACUUUACAUUUACGGGGAAUAUUCUCAUAUCAACUUCGAUGAAAUGCGGGAGUAUCACGUCACACAAACAGGAAGUGGAAGGGGAGGAAGUGGAGGGGUUAACGAAGGAGGUGUUAAGGAAAAAGUAUUGAAAGAUUGCGGCCACCUCUGUGUCUUUGAGGAGCCUAGUGUCAUUGCGGAGGGUGUCUCGGUGUGGCUGGGUGAGGAGAUGGCGCGGUGGACGAAGGAAAUAGAAUUCUGGGACACGAUCGACACCGGGAAGAGUAAGAAUGGGAGAAAGGAGCUGUCAGAUAAGUGGAUGGCCGUAAUGAAGCAAGAUAUGUCGGUUAAGCGGCCGAGUACGAAGGAUUUGGCGAAGCUUUAGAGACUCGGAAACGGCUGG